AAGUAAUCUCGAUGUACUUGUAAUUUGCCCCUGGAGGUUGGAUAUGCAUAGUAGCAAUAAAAUACUAUACAUCAACAUCAUGAAUCAUCAUCAUCACCCAUCAUUCAAUUCUGUCUCACUUUCACAUACACACGCGCACACACCCAAUCUCCCCUCUCUCUCCCUCUUUCUCUCUCAGUAGCUCGCUCACUCACUGAAUUCCACUCACACCCCCACAAUCAUCUCUGCUUCACUCCAGAGAAGAGACCAAAAAUGGCUACUUGUUCCAAUUCCCAUUUUACCCCUCUCACAUUCCUCUAUUUCCUUCUCUUCACUUCCACUUGUCCCUCCAUUUCAUCAGCCCUAAACAUCACCAAUCUCCUCUCCUCCUACUCCGAUCUCUCCUCCUUCUCCAACCUCCUCACCACCACCUCCGUCGCCACCGAUCUGACCCACCGCUCCUCCCUCACCCUCCUUGUCGUCCCCAACUCCUUCCUCC